AUGGGCAACAAGCAGACAGUCUUCACUCAUGAGCAGCUGGAAGUGUAUCAGGAUUGCACCUUCUUCACAAGAAAGGAAAUCAUGAGGCUCUUCUAUCGCUACCAGGACCUGGCUCCCCAGCUUGUUCCCCUCGACUAUACCAGCAGCCCUGAUGUGAAGGUGCCCUACGAGCUCAUCGGCAGCAUGCCCGAGCUGAAGGACAACCCGUUCCGCCAGAGGAUUGCCCAGGUGUUCUCUGAGGACGGGGACGGGCACAUGACCUUGGACAACUUCCUGGACAUGUUUUCCGUGAUGAGCGAAAUGGCUCCCCGCGACCUCAAAGCCUAUUAUGCUUUUAAAAUUUAUGACUUUAACAAUGAUGGCUACAUCUGUGCGUGGGACCUGGAGCAGACAGUGACCAAGCUGACGCGGGGGGAGCUGAGUGCUGAGGAGGUGAGCCUGGUGUGUGAGAAGGUGCUGGAUGAGGCCGAUGGUGACCACGAUGGGCGGCUGUCCUUGGAAGACUUCCAGAACAUGAUCCUGCGGGCACCCGACUUCCUCAGCACCUUCCACAUCCGCAUCUGAGCGCACCAUGGAGGAGAAGCCGGGUCAGAGGAGGACGGGGUGACCCCUCAAUCCAUGAUGGAAUUCGAUCUCCCUGGGUUCCAGGAAUAAACACACAUCAUUGA